CAUCCGGACGGGUGCGAUGGGCGCCGGGGGAAACGGGUGUCUUGUGGGGUCAGUGGGGGGCCUAUGGGGAAAUGGGUGCUGUAUGGGGUCAGUGGGUGCCCUACGGGGUCACUGGGUGUCCUGGGGGGAAAUGGGUGCUGUAUGGGGUCAGUGGGUGCCCUACGGGGUCACUGGGUGUCCUGGGGGGGAAUGGGUGCUGUAUGGGGUCAGUGGGUGCCCUAUGGGGAAAUGGGUGCCCUAUGGGGAAAUGGGUGCUGUAUGGGGUCAGUGGGUGCCCUAUGGGAUCAGUGGGAGCCCCACGGAAGCAGCGGGUGCCCUGUGGUGUCAGUGGGGAUCAGUGGCUGCCCCAUGGGAUGGAUGGGUGCCCUGUGGUGUCAGUGGGUGCCCCGUGGGAUGGAUGGGUUCCCCAUGGAUUCAAUGGGUGCCCCGUGGAUUCAAUGGGUGCCCCGUGGUGUCAGUGGCUGCCCCAUGGAGUCAAUGGGAGCCCCAUGGGAUGGAUGGGUGCCCCAUGGAUUCAAUGGGUGCCCUAUGGGACCAGUGGGUGCCCCAUGGAGUCAAUGGGUGCCCUAUGGGAUGGAUGGGUUCCCUAUGGGAUCAGUGGGUGCCCCACGGAUUCAAUGGGUGCCCCAUGGGAUGGAUGGGUGCCCCAUGGAUUCAAUGGGUGCCCUAUGGGAUCAGUGGGUGCCCCAUGGAUUCACUGGGAGCCCCGUGGGAUGGAUGGGUGCCCCGUGGAGUCAAUGGGAGCCCCGUGGAUUCAAUGGGUGCCCCACGGAUUCACUGGGAGCCCGGCGGCAGCGUCUCCCCGCCUCCCCCCGCAGCUCCCGGCUGCGGCAGCGCCAGGCCGAGGUUUGGCGGCGGUACGCGGCGCUGCAGGAGCUGUGGGAGCAGCGGCGCGGGCGGCUGCAGGAGCAGCAGCGGCUGUGGCAGCUGCGCAGGGAGCUGGACGACGUGGAGCAGUGGGUGAUGGAGCGCGAGGUGGUGGCGGCGGCGCACGAGAUGGGGCAGGACUACGAGCACGUCACGGUGCGGCGCUGCCCCACGGCGCUGCCCCACAGCGCUGCCCCAUAGAGCUGUCCCAUAGAGCUGUCCCAUAGCGCUGCCCCACGGCGCUGCCCCAU